CCAAAGUCAAGUGCUCCAAAUUUACCUGCAACUUUUAGUUCCAACCUGUCCGGUUUAACUGGCAACCGACAGGAAUGUUCGCUGUCGUUCCCUUUCCACAACGUUUUACCUCUGGAUCGGUCACCGGAACGAGAAGUCGUCGUUCAAGUCUGUCCACGUUGCGUCCAGGCAUGGGAUGGCAGCAAGAUUUCCAUGCCCCAAAAGAAGUUCCUUCUUUGGAUGAGGAGGGGGUUCACAUGUUUUCGCAUAUAUUCCUGUUUCCUUUUUUUGGGUGGUUCUUGUGUAGUUCUGAAUAAAAGGCAAGUAUGAACCAUGCUGAUCAUCAAAUCAAUCAAUCGAUCUCAUGGUUUGUUUUCCUCUGAAAAUUUUCCUAGGGUUCUGAGAUUUUCUCGCUCUUUCUUGGCUCCUUGAGAUCUUCCAUUGAUUUAUAGUCUUUUUUGUUCUUUUUUGGCCUAGAUUUCCUCAACCUCUAUCUAUUUUUGGAAACCGUAUCCGGGUUUUGCAUAGCAGCUUGUAAUCUUUGAUUUUAGAUCCUCUGUCGAUUCAGUCCCAGUUCAGAUUUCCAUAACAUCCUACCAUAUAAUUUCUGGGUUUUUGUUUUUGUUUUUUUUUUUCCUCCUGGGAAUUGGCCUUUCUGUCUGGGGGUGCAGAAAAUGGUGAGGGGGAAAACCCAGAUGAAGCGUAUAGAAAAUGCAGCGAGCAGACAAGUAACCUUCUCAAAGCGAAGAAAUGGGCUGCUUAAGAAGGCCUUUGAGCUAUCAGUUUUAUGUGAUGCUGAAGUUGCACUGAUCGUUUUCUCUCCUCGAGGAAAGCUCUAUGAAUUUUCUAGCGCUAGCAUAAGCAAGACGAUAGAGCGGUAUCAGAAGAGAGUCAAGGACCAAGGAAUUAGCGGCAAAGCUCAAGAAAAUUUGCAGCAUUUGAAGGAAGACAGUUCUAGCUUGGCAAAGAAAAUUGAGCUUCUUGAAAUAUCUAAACGAAGACUUCUGGGAGAUAGCUUGGAAUUAUGUUCAAUCGAUGAACUACAGCAAGUCGAAAACCAGCUGGAGCGAAGCCUUAAUAAAAUUAGGGCAAGGAAGAAUCAUUUAUAUAGGGAGCAGAUUGAGAAGCUAAGGGAAGAGGAGAGAUGCCAACUGCAAGAGAAUGCAAAGUUACGUGAGAAGUACGGCGUGCCACCCCCUAAACCGUCUAGCAAACAGCCAGAUCCAGUUCUGCACGCAAGAAGUCAUGUGGAUGUGGAAACAGAAUUGUUCAUAGGACCACCCAAAUGAUAAUCUAUGUUGUAGUCAUGUAUAGAUUGUUGGAAGAUUAUUAGGUACUCCUGAAAUACGGAUGAUGUCAUUUAAUUAAAAUUACUAAGGACCAGUUUUAAUUAGCAUGACAUUGGUUGUAUGAUAAGAUAAGAUGAGAGUACCAUAUGUCCGUUUUCGGCAAUUAGUACCUAAUAAUUAGUUACUCAUCCAUUUUGCUUGAAUGGGCAGGCAGUAUCCAUGUGCUGCAAAACAUUAUGCUCGUUGUUCGUUUUAGUUGUCGAGCUAGUUAACUCUUCUCAGAAGUGUAAUUAUUCUUCUCACAAGUGUAAUGACCUAAAUGCUCUAUAUUUUGCGUUAAAUUGAUGUAUUUCUUGCUUUCGAGUGCAA